GUCCAUAUAUAUAGGUCUAUCUAUGCGGGUGCGCGGUGCGUACGGUCUCUCAAUCCAUUUCACACCACCACCACUGCUGUACAAGAGUCAGUCGCGUCGCCUCAACCAACCAGAUCAUCCAUAGAAUCGCAUCAGUCAGUCCACCUAAUCUAUCUAGUCACUCUAUGCCGGCCGGCACGGGCACGUCGGUGCCUCUGUCUUGCUGCUCGUCACCUGCGCCACCACCACCACCGCCACUGAUCACAUCAACCGUCACCUCCUCUAAUGGACUCUUCACCGCCUGUCAACACACACACACACACACACGAGAGAGAGAGAGUGUGCAAACACGCGCACACAGUUACCUGAGGUGGUUCGGUAGACGGCGAGCGUAUCCGUUGGAAUGAGGGGUUCUGCAGCGCCAGGCUCAGGUAGGUCAGCCCGUACAAGACACACAAGAUCAUCGCCUGUACACCACCCUCACACCCACACAGACGGUGUGCCUUUCUCUCUCUGUCUCUCUCUCCCUGUUUGUGUGUGUGUGUGUACCUGUGAGGUCAGUGCUUUGCUUAUCUUGCUCUUGCCAAACCCCAAUCGGUCCAGCUGCUCUUCGCCUGUCAGCACCGAACCCUACACCACACAAGACCACAAACACAGCACACCGGGGCUCGGUGUGUGUCUGUCGUGGUGUCGGGGGCAGUGCAGUGCAGUGGAGGGGCAAAGUCACUCCUCACUCUGACAGAUCUGCCGGGGAGGAAGGAGAGCCCCGUGAACUCGUUGACACACAGACCUUCGAAGGUUAUCUGUCGCAUGACAAACAGAGACCGACCGACGUGGCUGUGUGAUGUGGUGUGUCAUGGGGCGUGUCAGUCAUGCUUGUAUGCCUGCCUUGAUGAGCGAAGCGUGGUCGAGCCACCGGAGGAAGAAGGGCACCGAGUCCACGUUGAUGAACAGACCUGCAUGUGACCGACCGACAUGGGUGACACAUAUGUGUGUGUGUGCGGCCACACGUGACCCACCUCCCAGCACAAUGAAGAUCAGCAUGACGGCCGGCGCCAGAGCCAACGCAAACUCAACCUAAACCCCCCCGUCCCCCCCAACACAACACAACACAUACACACACAUCCUCACUCACGCACAGCCGGCGUAACAAGACAAGCGCACCGACCGAUGGCGAGAAGGAUCCCAGGAAGAGCCCCAGCGCUGAGCUCGCCAGGCCCUCGAGCGUCAGCAGGCUCAGGAACGUCAGCACACGGCCUUCACUCAUCAUCCACACACAGCCGUCCCCGCCCGUGGUGCGACAGACAUCCCUCUCUCCCCCUCCCUCCCUCCCUCCCUCCCUCGCCCGCACCGAUUUUGGGAUUGAGCCCUGUGAGGGGGUAGAGAAUGGCGCCAAAGAUGAUGGGAAAGAUCGCACCUUAACAUGGUGUGGCACACACACGAGGGAUUGGGUGGGGUGGGUGGCGGAAUGGAAUAUGUGUUGUGUGUGUGUGGGUACUGCCGGGUAUCUCUGCGACGAGUUUGCUGAGGAAGUAGGGACCCACCGAAUACGACUUGGCAACCUUCUCUCGCAGCACUAUCAGACGCUCCUGCACACACACACACACACACAGACAGACAGAGAGAGAGAGAGAGAGAGGGGGAGAGAGACGGUGUGGAUCUUCAUCCAGGUGUCUACCUUUGCGAAGGCGGCGACAGUCUUGACGAUUGAGGUCAUGGCGAUGCUCACGGAGGCGACCUGCAGAAGGCCCAAUCGGUCCUGAUUGUUGUGGCAACACAGACAGACAGACACACACAGAGAGAGAGAGAGAGAUGGAGAUGGACCAAGGUGUGUCUGUGCUAUUAUGUGUGCCUGUAUGUUCUGCUGUGAGACGCCCAGCCGAUAGAAGAGCAUUCCUUCCACCAAAGCACUGCUGAUGGUCGACGAUAGCCUAUCAGUUUCACACACACACACAUGAUGAUGAUGAUGAUACCACCGAUCUCUAUAGUUAGAUGGAUGGAUGGAUCUACCGUGCUAUGAGCGUCGCCUUAUCCCGCACAACGCUCCGCCACGCACGCCGGAACAGCAGCCUGCACGCGCACACACACAGCCACCCAUACAGACGUGCUGGCAUUCACACACCCACCCACCAAGGCGGCCUUACGCAAACUGAUCCAUCCACUUGCGCAUCAGCAGCCGAAUGCGCAGCCCGUCGGCCAAUGCGGGCGGCAUCGCUGUCCCCACUGCCCCCGCACGAGGGACCCUUCGCGCGUGUGUGCGUGGACGGCGGUCCUGUGGACACAAAGGCACACACACACACGGAUUUUCAGAUGUCCAGAUGUGUGCUGUGAUGUGUUUCCGUUGCGUUGACGUACCUGCCAAGCUCUGACGAGCUGCUGCACCCUCUCGGUGCUCUCGCGCUGCGCCGCUUCGGAGGAGUAGUCGACGCUGGCCAGGUCGAUCACCCACUCCGCCACGUUGAAGUUGGCCGGCAGCUUGAGACCCAUACCCAGACUCUCGAAAUACCUGUGUGUGUGGGUCGUGUGCCCGCAGACAGAGCGAGGGAGAUGGUGCGAGGGUGCGGUGUGUGUGUGUGUGUGUACCUAACGAUGUCCUUGGCGGGCCCUCUGUAGAUCUCAUGGCCAUCGCACAGCAGCAGAACGUCAUCGAACUUGUUGAAGGUGCUGCUCCGCGGCUGAAUGCAUCCAGCCAUCCAGCCAUCCACACACACACGUGUCAAACCUUUGUAUGUGCCGUGAUACGAUACCUGGUGGAUGGAGCACACGACGGUGUGUCCCUCCCUGGCGAGCCGCUUGAGCGUGUCAAACACCUGCUCAGCUUGAAACGAGUCGAGGCCAGACCUGUUGGUUGGUUGGUUGGUUGGCACACACCACACCAACGCAGCCACACAUGUGCACCUCUCUCUCUCUGUGUGUGGGGGUGCGUGUGUCGUGCGCUUUCACGUUGGUUCGUCUGCGAAUAUGACAGACGGCUUUGAGACGAGCUCCACACCCAGGUUGAGCCGCUUCUUCUCGCCACCAGAGAGGCCCCGCUGCUUCUCGUCGCCCACCAACACAUCACCUGCACACAGCCACAGCGUCACCCACACACGCAGAGUAUCACGCACAUGCGCCCGCAGACAUACCAGAUUUGAAGAGCCCCAGCUUCCUGAGGAUGUUCUCCGCCACGCCCAUCUUGACCCGCUUCGGCACCGUCUGGUUCAGCCGCAAGCACGCCGCCGUACCCAACGUCUCACGAGCCGUCAGCUGUGGAGAAACACACACACACACACACGAAUGCACACGACGCACACGAGCAGUCGCGUGACAUACCUGAGGAAAGAGGAGGUCACUUUGGCGCACGUAUGCGAGUGGCGGUGGGGGCGAGUUGGGCUUUCUGUAUCGGCUGGCGAGGUCGUUGACCGACUCGCUGUUGUACGUCACGCUUCCUGCACACACCCACACCCACACACAGACGGAGUGCUGCCCAUGCUGCUUGGGUGCAGGGUGUGCAUUCUCUCUCUUUGAUUGAUUGCCUGUGAGUGAGGCGCCAUCGGUCUUGGGCAGCUGACCGGCAAGGAUGUCGAGCAGCGUGCUCUUGCCUGCAGACAACAACCACACACCACACACCACAAACAAAGGGAGAGGGAUGAGUGCACUCGCACGCGAAGGCGCAGGCGCAUACAUACCCGAGCCGCUCGGUCCCAUGAUGGCCAGCACGCUGCCCGGUGAGGCCUGGCCUGAGAGAUCUGUCAGAAUGGUCCUGAAACACACGCGGGGUAUCCAUCCGUGUGCCGAUCUCCAUCCAUCCAUGCAUACCUGUUGCUCUCUCUGCUGUGGGACGCCGGCACGCUGUACUGCACCUUCUGCCAAUCGAGGUGCACACUCCGGACAGCAGGCGGACGGGCGGUGCCGCACACAGCAGCAUGAGGCAGCAGCGCCAGAAUGAUGCAUGCCAGAUUCAUCAGAUCGGUGCUGAUCUCCAUCUGGCUAAUGCUGGUGGAGGUCUGGUGGGAGGUUUG